AACCCAUGAAACAAUCUGAAUCGCUCUUGGCCAUAUCAAGUUUGCUGCUCCGUAAUGGCGCCAUUGCCUAUGCAGAACUACGAACAGGCGUGGUGAACCCGGACAAAAGCGAGAAGCCGUUUGUCGUUCGCAAAGGUCGACCAUUCAACGAUUAUGACGAUAGCAACAGUGCUUUGCGUAAGCUGUACAAUGACCACGAAUCCCAGUCGAAGGCUGAUCAGGCUUAUAAAAGCUGGUCCAUUCCUGUUGGCAAUGACGACAGCAAUAGUGGCACCACGAAGCGUGAUAAACUUCUCCAUAUACGUGGCUUGAAGGAUGUACGGGAUGAGCCGGCAGCUAAUCAGCCUGCUCAGCAGCAGCUGAAUACGUCCGAUGGCCAACUGUCGGUUUGGCAAGUAAUUGAAAACAAUACAGAGUUGACCAACUUGAAAGGCAUGAUGGAAGAAACGUUCUACCCCGCUAUUCUUGAAACAAAGUCUGCCAUCAACUAUACUGUUUUUGCCGUGGUCGACUCGGCCUGGGUCAAUAUUCCCAAUGAGCUACAAAAUGCUAUGGAAGGACCGUUGGAGCGAGUGCUAAAGAAUUCCAUUAUACAAUAUCACAUUGUACCCAACGCCACCAUUACCACCAAUGACACCCUUGCCAAUGGGUCUGAAAGCUAUGAAACACUAUCAGGCUUUGCCGUAUCAAUAUCCAAUCAUGCAGGAACCAUGAAAGUGAACGGGGUUGCAAUGAACUCCAGCGAUCUAUUUGCUACAAACGGGGUUGUUCAUCUGAUUAAUACCGUACUGCUGCCAUCUCAAAAUUCGGUUGUAUCCAAUCGCGAUAACUAGAAAUAUGCAUUUGCCUUUAAAUGGAGCUUGGUAGUUUGCUCAAUGAAAGUAUGUAGAAGUAAAUUGGAUAAUAUCAGACUUGCUUUCAUUCAAUAAAUAGGUGCUCAGAUACCUUUGGAUGAUACA